UCAUCAUUCUGCGACAACAACAUUCAAAACAAUGCCAGUACUUUAAUACCGUUGCAGUCAGAAGAGUGUGGAACCGUCUGGAAACGAUGAUGCAACCAGAAUUCAUCCAGCUCCUAUCAGAAGGACGUGUUUCAGCUAAAAGCUGCGAUGUGGAGUGUGCGUCUGUAGACCCUCAGGAGCCGAGACCGGAUCAGGUCGAGGAGGGAAACCCUUUUAACUUCACACCACAGCUCAUCCGCCUGCACAAGGACCACGAGCUGUUUGAGGAUGGAGACAUUCAGAGACACAUGUACCUGCAGGACCUCUACAUAUCAGAGGCAGACGAGAAGCCAACACUCAGUGUGUCAGAGUUCGCCUGUCACAUAUCUGGCUGCAGUGCAGUCUUCAGCACUUUAGAGGAGUAUGAGCACCACUAUAACUCCCUGCACAGACACAUGUGCAGCUCCUGCCGACGCUCCUUGCCAAGUGCCCGGCUUCUGGAUAUUCACAUUCAGGAGUGGCAUGACUCGCUCUUUACCAUCCUCGCACAGAGACAAGAUAUGUACCAGUGUUUGGUGGAGGGCUGUGGACAGAAGUUCAGGACUAGUCAACACAGGAAGGACCAUUUGAUAAAGAUUCACAAGUAUCCCCCAGACUUCAGGUUUGACAAACCCAAAAAGGACAGAGGAGAGAAGAAGAGACAGCAGCAGAAAGACACAGCCAUGGAGGUAGCAAACAGUGUGUGUGAGUCUGAGGGUGUGUGUGAGGUUAUGUGUGAUACGCCGUCAGUCCAACCCGAGCACGGGGAAUCCAUGGAGACACACGUGUUCGAGGAAGAAGCUGCUUGCGCGGCAGAGUCUGCUUCUACCGAGGAGCACACAGAUCCAGCUGCAGCAGCAUCUCGCAGCACUGAGAACACAACCUCUGAGACGCUGAAGCCACAAUACUCCUACAGGGUCCCUGCAAAUAUUUGCUUCGGUCAUGGCUCUGUACGAGGUUUCAGGGGGCGGCGAGGAAGGAGGAAAUGAAACAGAAGGAUUAAACUUUCUGCUUUUGCUGGGAAAUGGUUCCUAUCUCACAUCUCUUCCUUCCAUCAUUCAGGACCUGAAUCACAGCUCUGGAUAAAUGUUCAUGUGUUUUACUUUUUGAAGAAUGAUGAUGUGCAGUUCUGUGCAUAUUUUAUAUUCAGCUUCAUAUGGGAGUUUUUGGAGCCAACUCAACAUUUAAUGAAAAAAGAAGAGGAAUACCAGAGUUUACAUAACAUACUUUAAUAAUGUACAAAAAACCUGUCACACACCAGAUAUAUAAAAUACUGAAGACUGAUCCGAGUCCAUCAGUCAUGAUGACGGUUUCAUUGUGCUCAGAAAAAGCCGAUGACCUUUAUUUACAUUUUGUGAAGAAUGACUGUGACUUAUAAGAGCGCGUUAAACAUCUGUGCAAAAACUCCCCCUCUGAGGUAAAAAGGACAAAUUUAAAAUGACAACAGGGAAUAUUUGAAAGUUUAAAACUGAGAAAGAUAAUGACAAAGUUAGAGAAAAAGUGUGUGGUUUAGGUUAUGUCACAAAUUCAUUUCAUCAGAUCGUGCGGCUCAUCAUUCAAGAUAGUCUGCAUAGUAUUCAACAGCUUCAUGCUGAGACAACAGGAAAUAUUUUUGAAGAUGAAACCUCUAAAAGGUUUUUCAAACUCUUGAUUUCAUAAAAACAAAAACACAUUAA